AUGAGCUGGGGCACCCCUUACCUGGGCAGCAAGAUCAGCCUCAUCUCCAAGGCAGAGAUCCGCUAUGAGGGUAUCCUCUAUACCAUCGACAGCAAGAACACCACCAUAGCCCUGGCCAAAGUUCGAUACUUCGGUACAGAGGACAGACCAACAGAUCGUCCGAUACCAGCGCGAGAUGAAGUUUUUGAGUACAUCAUCUUCCGCGGGAGUGACAUUAAAGACCUCACAGUUUGUGAGCCCCCCAAACCACAAUGUUCUAUGCCUCAGGACCCAGCUAUAGUCCAGUCUUCACUGGGGUCAUCAUCCUCGGUCUGGUCAGUGAGCUCCUGUGGACCUGUGGGCAGGAUGCCAACGUACAGUCAGUUCAGUCCAAGCUCGUCGCCCGAGCAUCAGUUUGGAGCUGUCGGUGCUGCUGGAAGCUCCUUGGGAGCAGAAACAUCAAACAGUGGGGCCAUGUGCCAAGGUAAUACAGUGGGUUCUGUCUUUACACAGGAUGCCAGACCUACAAAAAUGCAGUUAUCUCAGGGUCGAUCAAGCCCUCAGUUAGACCAUUUGAGAAAAAGCCCAACCAGGCAAGGAGCAGUGCAGACUGCCUCGUCCCUCUUACCUGCUCCAGCGCCUGUUGGGAGAUGGAGCCCUGUGUCCACCAGGCCUUCGCUGUCGACCACCCAGAAAGCAAUAGAGAGCCAAGAGCACAGGCGAGUUGAAGCAUACAAAGUCUCAAGGCCAGAAAACAUGAAUGAUCAUCUCAGAAAUGACAGCAAGAAACAAAUAGUUCCUGGUGCUCCUUCAGCUCCAAGGAGAGGACGCGGGGGUCAUCAAGGAGGCAGGGGAAGAUUUGGUAUUCGUAGAGAUGGUCCAAUGAAAUUAGAGAAAGACUUCGACUUUGAAACUGCAAAUGCACAAUUUAACAAGGAGGAGAUUGACAGAGAGUUUCAUAAUAAACUUAAGUUAAAAGAAGAUAAAUUUGACAGACAAGAGAAGCCUGUAAAUUAUGAAGAUAAAGGAGGCUCAGGAGUUGAUAUGCAAAACAGUGAAGGAAAUGCUGAUGAGGAAGAUCCACUUGGACCUAAUUGUUAUUAUGAUAAGACUAAAUCCUUCUUUGAUAAUAUUUCUUGUGAUGAUAGCAGAGAAAGGAGACCAACCUGGGCUGAAGAAAGAAGGUUAAAUGCUGAAACGUUUGGAAUCCCACUUCGUCCAAACCGUGGCCGUGGCAGUUACAGAGGCAGAGGAGGUCUUGGUUUCCGUGAUGGCAGAGGGCGUGGUGCCCGGGGAGGGACCUUCGCUGCCCCUCGAGGAUUUCGUGGUGGAUUCAGGGGAGGCCGUGGGGGCAGGGUGUUUACAGAUUUUGAAUACAGGAAAACCACAGCUUUUGGACCCUAA